AUCCACCCAUAACAGACAGGCGUGACUCUCGCAUAGGAUCCGACUGGAAUAGCAGAUUACACACUCUCUUCCCCUCUUCCCCUCCUUUUCUCUUACAAUGGCCCACCGCAUAAUAACGCAAGUCGUCUUCUCCGGCGCUCGAAUAAUAGGCCGCGCUGUCUCCGAAUCGUAUCGUCAAGCCGCCGCGUCGCAGAAAUAUGCAGCUGCCAGCCAAGGUGGAGGAGGCAGCGGUGGCGCCUUCUCGUCUUCGAACAUCACCAUGGACGAAGCCUGCCAGAUCCUGAACGUGGGUCCCGGAAAGAUGGGAAAUAUCGAACUAGAGGCUGUCACGGAGCGAUUCAAAAGGCUGUUCGAUCUGAACGAUCCGAAGAAGGGCGGAAGUUUCUAUCUGCAAAGCAAAAUAUUAAGGGCACGAGAAAGGAUAGAGAGAGAGGUGCAGGGACAUCAACGGGUGGCGGAGCGCGAAAAGGAAUUAAGAGAAGGGUUCAAGCCCAAGUUUACGAAAGAAGAUUGAGGUCGCUCUAAAUGGAUCAAUCUAUCUUGGCCACGGUUCCUCUCGGCUACUCGACAUCGAGGGCGAGACAUACAAUCCGGACUAUGUUCCUGACGAGCUACAUGGAGU